GUUCUCCACCGAUACACCCGCGCCUGUGCGAGGGAGACGUGACGAAGGUUUAGGUAAAGAGCGAGGAAACGAAGCUAAGCCUUCGGGAGAACAGGAACCCGCGUAUCUCCACGUCGAUUAUAUUAAACCGGCGCCGAAUUCGCACAGUUCGUCCAGUGUAAAUAACAAAAAUAAAGAACAAAAUUAUCCACAAUUGAGCGUGUGUACGUGUAAAAAUUGAAGAAAUCGACAAAAUUUGUCGUUGGUUUGAUCUUUUCCUUUUUUUUUUCUUGUUUUCUAAUUUCUGUGCACUAUAUCAUUUUUGUCCCACUCUAUAUUUUGACUCACGAGAAGAUGUACGUGUACCCUGCGAGUCCCUUCGCUUGAUAUAAUCCGGUACGGUUGUACGAUAUAACGUGAUCAGCGAGGAAGGGAUUUAAACGAUAUCCCGUCACAUGAAUUUUAAUAAUUUUUAAUCGUUCUUUUUCAAAAGAGCCGAGUGCAGUGAGUUGAGAAACGAAGGUACGGCUACAUGUAACCGCCAAACUAGUUGCGAAGAGAAAAGAAUAAGAAAAAAAAAAAUGACAAUGAUAUCGACGUGGUGUGUCAGUGAAUUCUACAACGAUGGUGAAGAUCAGUUUCAGAAUCUAUCAAAUUAGCGGUAAUCCUAGUGAUUAAGAUUUAUAGUCGUGAUUAUUAAAUCUCGACACGGAGGAGAUAAGGGUUCUGCUGCAGGUUAUCGAUACCAUAACGGAUGCUGCCCUAAUUUACGCGUAUGAAACUGCAUUUAUGUACGUCCCCAGGGACACCUUGGUGUCUGCAGAGGUCAUAGAGAUGAUAGAAAAGUGAUCGAGGAUCGUCGAUUAUUUGAAAUAUAAAAGUGGAGAUCUUACGGUGAUUCGUUUUUCUGGGUACGCGAUACCGAUGUAAUAAAAUUGAUACUCGAAAGGGAAAGAAUAUAUACACGCGUAUACCUUUAGUGAACAUCUAGAUAUAGAAAUAAGGAAAUUUUCAAGUGGUGCGGGGUAUAUCGCGUCUUCGUACUAUAUCACGUGAAAUAACGGAGAAGAAAAAUUCGCCGGAGGGCAGUGAAGGACGAGGCAAAACUAAAAAAAAUUGAAAAUAAAUUAAAUUUCAAUGAUUUCGGGUGAAUUCUAAUUGAAUAAUUGCGUCCACGGGCUUACAACUUGUGGUACAAAAAGAGAGAAUAAAAAAGCAAACCAAGUGGAGGGUGGUGAUUAUAAAAGCGUAGUUAUUACAUACUUGUGCGGUGGAGCGCUUGAGGUACUGUGAAAAAUUAAAGGAAAUAAAAUAAAACAGAAUUAAACGACUAAUUAAAUAAACAGAUAAGCAAAGGUGAUAGAUAUUACGGGUUAGGGACUAGCGUUCGUUUCGUGUGGUCCUGGAGGAAUGACGCACCCCCGAAUAAUCCUCCCUCUGGAGGGUUAGCGGCCCCUGAUAACGUUCUACAAGAAUUCAGCCUCCGGACGACCGUGUACCACCUCAUCCGCCCCAGAUACAGAGGACUCGGAAGGCUCUGAUAAUGCAGGACCGGCUCUCGUGGUACAUGGUCUUUUUAUUCCUUCCAACGAUUCUCCUCGCCACAUCGCUCGACAAAGGUCGGCGAGUCCCUUACAGCUUGGCACCGGAAUGGAGAGCGCUGUGGUACAGCAAUUUGGACGAACUUCAGAGGGUCAACGACGCGAACGACAACAACACGAUAUCGAACGUAACGGUUCAAUUAGGAGGGAAUGCUUUCCUUCACUGCAAAGUACGGAAUCUCGCGGAACGUACCGUUUCCGGUGCUGAGAUAUCAUGGAUUCGACGUCGGGAUUGGCACAUAUUGACCAGCUCGAUGUUUACCUACACAAACGACGAGCGCUUUCAAGUACUACAUCCCGAGGGCUCGGACGACUGGACGCUGCAAAUAAAAUACGUCCAGAAACGCGACAACGGUACUUACGAGUGUCAGGUGUCAACGAGUACCGGGAUCCUAUCACAUUACGUGAAUUUGAAAAUCGUCAUACCCGAGGCGUUUAUAUUGGGGAGCGGCGAGCAUCACGUCGACGUGGGAUCAAUUAUUAAUCUCGUUUGCAUUAUCGAGAAGAGUCCGGCUCCGCCGCAGUACGUGUUCUGGUACCACAACAAUCGUAUGAUAAACUACGACAACGCUCGCGGGGGUGUCACCGUGGAAACGGAUCAAGGACCGAGAACGCAGAGUCGACUAACCAUCCGCCAUGCCGUCGAAAAGGACACGGGGAAUUAUACCUGUAGCGCUUCUAACACAGAGCCGGCUUCCAUCUUCGUUUUUGUCACCGAAGGUGAUAAGAUGGCGGCUAUACAGCGGCGCAAGACAUCAGGAACGAACAGGAACAUUGGAGAUCUAAAAUUCGUUCUUACAUUCAUUGCAGCUUACGCUGCAUUAGUCCGAUAAAUAUUAUAUAUUAAAAUAUUGUUUCCAUCAAAUCAUUUAUCGCCAGCUGUUAUUAGUUAUCAAUUGUUUACUCGUGUGGUACAAUAUUUUUCAUUAGGUAUAUAACUUGUACGAUAUUAUGUGAGUACAUACCUAUAUAUACACCUUGGUGUAUAUUAUAUAUGUAUAUAUAAAAUAUAUCAUGCAUAUUUUAGUGUAUACCUAAGUAAGUAUAUGUAAUAUUUGCAGACGCAGAGAAUUUAUGGGCGACAGCUCUCAUCCACGUACCGGCAGGUUAGUUAUUUUAAGUACAUAUAUAUCUAUCUAUUACACAUGUAUAAAUAUACAUAAUGUAUGUGUUGCGAAUUUAAUAGAUAACAUGAUAAAAUUAUAUAUCUAACGUAAUGAAUAUAUGACGACGUGAGGUACUCGAGUUAUGUAAUUAUACAAUACAUUAAUUUGUGCCUAUGUAGACUAAUUGCAACAUUGAAACUACAAUUUACAAUACCAAACAUUCGAGGGUUGGAGAGAGGUGAAAUUUUCACAAAAGAUUGUCGGAUUUUUCUUUUUGACGCGAUGAAUUUGCGAUAACUCAAUAACUUCAAAGGGUGGAUCAAUCAAAUAGCAGAUUCGGAUUCCUGAGAUCAAAAUACGAGAGAAUACCAUGGGAAUCGCUUGGAAAAAAAAUAUUGAUUUUGGGGUGAAAGUUCAACUUUUUGUUGAUAGGGUUUCAAGCUGAAUUAAUCCGUCUAUAAAAUUGAUCAAAUUUCAAUCGAUUCAUUGCUCUGAGAAGUAAAUAAAGCAAUUAUUUCGGAUGGGAUCUAUUCUCAGUGCGAUCGACGCAGUAAAUAUUUCAUAUAUCAACCCAUAAUCGUAUACCUAACAUUGGUUCGUAAAAAACAAUAUCGAUUGAAAUCGCUGCACCCAACAUAAAAGCCACGCUUGGUAAAAUCCUGUGUUCCCGUGCAUGCAUCACGAUUUUCAGACCAGCGACAAGCAACAAAAAUUUUGCCUGGUUGACUUUCGAGUUUGAAUUAUACGAAAAAAUGGCAAAAAAAAAGAACUCUUGUAUUUUUACAUAUAAAUACCUCAACAAAACAAACAUUAUUCCACGUAUAUUUCCGGUUGUGUGUUACACACCUCUGUAAUUUACAUAUAAUAAUUACUUUCGUAAUUCACAUUUGCUCCGAGCUCUCUUACGUAUACACACAUCCGAAUUAAUUGCUCACGAGGUUCAAAGUAGAACAAAAAAAAAAAAAUUAAACAAACUAGACAGCAUAGAAAAAAAUCCACCCGCAUGCAGAGCAUGUCUGGUACAAAGUGCAAGAGAGAUGGUGCUGAAGGCUAAUAAUUUCGAAUAAUAUGCUGUCAACACGUUUUAUUUUAUGUUUUUGAUUUUUCAUCUCAUAAUCGAACACAAACUGUGUGCGGUAAAUAAUAUUCAGACAUUGAAAUGAUGCGGGCAAAUUUCUCCGGAUGAAAUCACUUACGUAUAAGAAAUUCUGCAUCGUCGCAAUUUCUAUGUACAAUUUUGAUUCCCAUACCAACCUAUAGGUACAUUUAGUAUGUGUAUACAAAAAAUGAUAUGCUGUACUUAUUCUAAAUAAUAAUUCGAUGACAAAAUUCUAUGAAUCGUCUGCAAAUACAAGUCCAUAGGUAUGUAUUUACAUGACAAGUAUAAUUAUACACAAGACGUACGUAUGUAAUAUAAAUUAGGAUAAAGAAAGAAUCUCGUUAUCAUUAUUAUUAUUGUUAUUAUUGUUAGUUCUCGCAUCCAUUUCAUACUUUUUAUUUCACUUACAUAAUCACUACUUUGAUUCUUUUAAUUUCUCAAAAAUAUUCAUAUAUUCUUAUAAUAUAUUAACCUUUAGAGUACCGAGAUUUAAGGUAGCAAAUCACAGUAGAAAAGUGGUGGAGAAGGUACCAUAUACUUAUAUUAUAUUUACCGGUCGUAAAGCACCGAUCACAGGGAAGUGGUGGUACCGGUACUCUAAAAGUUAAUUAUAAUCGCGAUGAUCUGAGCGUGCGAUUGACAUCUGAGUAUUUUCAGGAUGUGUAUGUAAUAUGAUGAACUUUAUCAUAAAAUUCUUAAUAAAUGAAAUUGCGCGUACAGCCGAAGUUAUAUGGGUAUGUAAUGGUGCAUAUAAAUCUAUGUGUGAUUUAGAUUGCACGAUAUAUGGACCUAAAUGAACUUAAACAAACAAAGUAAUAAAGAAAUAUUAGGUAGGUAUAUAUGUCUAACUAUCAUUCCGUCUGUCAUAUGCAUAUAAUAUAUGUACAUGUAUAUAAUUCUAUCCUCUAACUUCUAUUACAUAUGCAUAUAAAUAAUGCGGGUAACGAUGACUUUGCCGAUCUCCGUUUCAUUGCCUUUCAACUUCUAAUUAUCUUAUAAUCAUUAAACCUGUGUAUACUGGAAGAAGUAUUUAUGUAUAUAUGAAAAGAGGGGUAAUCUAAAAAAAAAACGAAAGAUAACAUUCGUUGGUGAAAAAGUUUAUAAUCAUUACAGAAGUGAACCUAAAAUAUGUAUUUUAUAUUAUAUUGACUUCUCUAGGCAUAGGCUUUGAUCGAUAUCGUAGCGUUACUGCUGUUGCUGUAACCAAUUGAUUAAUUGAUAUGCAGCUAUUAUAUUUGAUUCGUUCAGUUCUCUUUUAGUCUCAGUCUGGUUACGGCGAUUAAAACAUGAUUAUACAGUGAAAUAUAGGUAUUAUUACUUAUUGUAGAUUAUGAUGAUUUUGCUCCUUUUAUUUUAUUGAGAUAGGUAUACGUAAUAUCUAUGAUUAGAUAAAAUAUCUAGAAUCUGUACAAAUUCUGAAAAAUCAUUAAUUAGGCAUGAUUCGUAUUACAAGUGUGUAAUAUACCAACACGGGUAUAUAAAACAAUAUGUAUGUACAUUAGGUGAUGAAAAGGAGAAAGAAAAAAGAUCAAUUCGAAACAAUGGAUAGAAAAAAGGAAGAAGAUAGCUAAAUAAUUCUUUUGAAAAAAAUCUUACGCCGAUAAAUUCUACAUUGGUGUAUAACAAAAUGUCUUUUGUUCCGAACUAAAAUAGUUCAUACGUAUGUAAAACGAACAGAACUUUACAACGUGAAUCAGCGAUCAAUUAAAUUACAUUUCAUUCGAUUUAAAGGCUCGGUCACUUGUGAAACGAAGAGAAAUUUGACGCGUCCGCACAAUUAUAGGGAUGCCGUUCUGCAGGAUCACCAGGGUUUUGCGGUAGGUGCGAUACAAGGUGUUCCAUUUUGGGUGAGGGAUUCGAUUGUUUCGAAAACGAUUCGUUGUAAAAAAGCUCAUCUCACUAAUAUCUGAUAUCCCCAAUCAGACCCCACGGUUUUCAUCCGAAUUGUUUUUCGACACGGCCAAUGAUUUUCAAAAUUAUUGCACCCCUCGCUCAAAAUAAGAAACCCUGUGCAUCAUAGAAGGGAGAAAGCAGACAAAAUUGAAAAAUUUAAACCUAAAACGAAGGAACGAGAAACUGGAUAAACUGUUAACCCUCGUGGGAUGUAUUUCGAUAGAAAAAUUCAAAUUUUCUUCACAAUGCAGAAGAGUAAUGGGUACAAAUGUGAGUACAUAUGUUAGGUAAAGUUUAUAUACUUGUAUGUGAUUACCUAUAGAUUUGAAACGUACGGUAAUCAAUUAUUAUGCCUGAGGGAACUUUUGAAUUUCAUCGUUAUUUCUUUGAAUCAUUUCCUUAUUUUUAUCUAGAAAUUUGUCAAUUUUCGUUUCGCAUAAAUAGUUUACCUCGCAUUGAUCACUCAAUUACCUGCUGCAAAUAAUUUUAAAUCACUGGUUUGUCACCUGCACUAAUGUAAUUAUUAUUAUUCUCAUUGUUGUGCGUGAAGAUACGUUGUUAUGUAUACCUAGAUAUCGUGUAUGCAUAAUUGUUGGAAGUUGAAGAAUUUGAAAAGAAAAAUACACAGGCUAUCUAUAUUAUGCGAAUAAACGGAAGUAUUCACUAUCGUUGAAAGUUAUAUUAAAAAAAAAAGGGAAAGAACAAUAAGGUAAAACGAAAUCAGAGGGAAACGAGAUAAAGUUAUGUAUUCAAUCACCGAUACAUAACACAAAAUAUGCAGGGAAACGUGUGAGUUGGAGUAGGAAGGCAAAGGCUAACUAGAAAACGAUGAAAAGCUGUCGUAUAAUUAUAAAUAUAUAUAAUAUGAAGUAAAAGAGUGACCUCAAAAAGAUAUAGGAACAAGGGAUGGUAUAACGGGUCAGAUCAAGUGUAAUAGGUUGAAUAAUGAAUAAGUAAUAGGUCAAAGGUUAAAACUCCGAAAUUGAGGUCAGAUUCGCUUUGGGUAUGUAUAUAAUACGACGUUAGGGGAUACCUAUCGCGGAGCUGCGGUAAAACGCGCGAGUGAACUGGAUGAAAAAGAAUAGAAGAACCAAAAAAAAAUAGAAAAAAUAAAAAAAUUACCGUCAAUAUUUAAAUGAUAUACAUAUUUGCAUAUAAAACCGAAUCACGUACCUAUACCUACCAUGUUGAACUCCGCGCAUCUGCAAACGCAUUGACGCGAAGCUGCGGAAUCAAAACAACUCAAACCCAAAAAUAAUAACAAUAAGAAUAACAAAAAUAAUGAUAUUAAUUACAACAAUAAUAAUAAUAAUAACAAUAAAUGAAUUAGUCAAACGAUAUAUAUGAAUGGUUGCCAAGUGAACCACAUUAUAUACAUUAUAUACUUAUAUGUAUAAUUUACGUGUAUAUUAUGUACGUGCGAUGUAGCUUGCAAAUGAGCCGAUCAACGAGCGUGAUCUAUACGGGAUAUAGGUACUGCGAGGAUAAUUAAAUCGCACGUUCAUUAUUCAUAGAAUUCAAUUACACAAUUUUAAUAAACACGACAUUGAUCCCGGUAGCAAUAAAACAGAGAGUGAGAGAGAGAGGGAGAGAGAAAAAAAUAAAACUUUUGAAUAGAAAGUGGAUAAACGAAAUAAACGUGAAAAACUAUAUGUAUAUGAAUUUAUUUGCCUAUAAUGUACAUAUAUGUCUCAGGUUUCAAUCGACGUCGCCAACGCUCGUAUAUGCAUUAUAUCUACGCAGUGAUUGUGCAAAUUGCAAAUUGAUGUAUCAUCCGCGUAUGGCACAUCGUUAUACACCACUACGUAUUGCAAAUAAACAUGACUAGGACUCUGUUAUUCUUUUCAAUCUUAUUUAUUGAUUUAUUUCAUCUUGUUCAAUUUUUUUCAGUCUCAUAUUAUACCAAACCUGCUCUCUGAUUUUAUAUUAGAUAUAACUUAUAAACGUGUGAACACAGUUGAAUUGGCGAAUGUUUUUGAAUAAAAAAUAAUAAAUCAAGGGACCACUUCGCUAGAUUAUUAUAAUUGUCGCAUGCAAUUGUACAAAAUAUAGUCAGCUGCAGAUGCAACUUGAAACGAAAAAUAAAAUAGAAAAUUCCGCGCGCGAUAAUUAUCCUGCAAAUUACACAGGAUCUCCAAAAUAUGGAACGAAUAAAAAUGACGAAUUAGUAAUAAAUAAAAGUGUAUCACCAAAAUCAUAUGAGCUAAAUGCGUUGAUAACUACAGCAAUAACAAUUCAUUUAUCAUUUUUUGGUUUCAUCUUUCUUUCGCUGGCUUUUGAUAAACUAUUACUCGUGACGGAACGGAAGAAAAAUCAGGAACAAAAAAAUAAUUACCGAAUAUUGAAACGCGGUCAUCGUUUGCGAGCUACAUCGCGACAUGGAAAUCAUUAUAGGUAUACUAUGAAAAGGUAUGAGUUUUUGUAAAAAAAAUAAUAAAAAAACUUUAUCGCACGCGGAUCGACGCGAUUAUGAACAACUAUUGUUAUUAUUAUAAAUAUAUUGUACUGUUAAAACAAAUGUAAAUUAUAAAUUGAGUAUAUUUGAAAAAUAAUGAGAUCUGCGAUGUCAUUUAUCAUUUAUUAUAUAAACUGAUAUUAUUAUAUACGUACAUCGUUUUAUAUAACAUAUUAUAAUAUUUCAUUUCAUAUUAAAAAUCAUCUUCAUCGCGAUUCAAUUAAAACGUAUAUAUAUUAUUAUAUGAUAAAUGAAAAAAAAUUAUUACAUUAUGAAAGAAAAAAAAUAUAUAAGAAUAAGAAAACGGAGAAAAUGGAAAUAAUAAAUUAUUUCAACAUUAGUUCGUCAGAAUAAUAAUGAAAUUCAAUCCCCUAUAAAUAUAAAUAUUACAAAUUAUCUCUUAAUUUACCCAUUUUAUUAUGAAUAUGAUUUUUGUAAUUAUAACGAUGACUGUAAUUAUAAUUAUAAACUGUAGAAAAAUUAUUCUACAGCCGUAUGAGAGAUUAUAUAUUAUUAUUUCAAUUAAUACUAUUAUUAUCAUCGUCAUUAUUAUAUAUAUUAUAUUAGGCCCGGUUAAUAGUAAAAUAAGAUAACAUGAUAUAAUAUAAUUGAUAAAAUAUUAUGUAAUUUUGAAUUAAUUCUAAAAAACAGGAAAAAACAAAAAAAAUCUAAUAACGAUAAUACUUGCAAUUCGAACAUUUCUCAAUAUAUGUCUGCAAUCAUGUAUUAUAGAAGGAUUGAUUCAACUCAAUAAAAAUAUGGAAAAUA